CAUCCGUUUUCAUCACUAACGCCACCCAGGAGACUUCUCUGCUUCCAAUCUCGCAGGGGACUAAUCGCAACCGUCACUGCCAUGGAAGGAACCAAAACCACAGCCGGAGAAUCCCCGUCGGACCACGUCACCGGAACCUGGUACUCCGUGCCGGAGCUCCGACUUCGAGACCAUCGAUUCACAGUCCCUCUCGACUACUCUCUCGAUCACAAAAGCUAUACCAAGAUCUCUAUCUUCGCUCGCGAGGUCGUUGCUGUUGGCAAGGAAGAUCAACUCCUCCCUUACCUAUUAUACUUGCAAGGUGGACCAGGGUUUGAGGCCCCCCGACCAACUGAAUCUAGUGGAUGGAUAAGCAAAGCAUGCGAAGAAUUUCGUGUUAUAUUGAUGGAUCAGCGAGGGACAGGCUUGUCAACUCCUUUGACAACAUCAUCUAUGUUGCAACUGAAGUCUGCAGAGGAUUUGGCUGACUACUUAAAACAUUUUCGAGCUGAUAAUAUAGUGAAUGAUGCUGAAUUUAUUCGAAAACAUCUUGUUCCUGAUGCUGGACCAUGGACAGUUUUGGGGCAGAGCUAUGGUGGUUUUUGUGCAGUUACCUACUUGAGUUUUGCACCAAAAGGACUGAAACAGGUGCUUCUUACUGGUGGAAUCCCUCCAAUUGGAAGUGGAUGCACUGCCGAUGCUGUGUACAGUGCAUGCUUUGAACAGAUUGUUCAUCAGAAUGAAAAGUACUACAAGAGGUUUCCUCAGGAUAUCGUAUUAGUUUGUGAUGUCGUGAAUUACUUGGCAGAGUCUGAAGGCGGCGGGGUUCUUCUUCCAUCUGGUGGCAUCCUAACCCCGAGGGGACUGCAACUUCUUGGUCUGACUGGUUUAGGAUCUAGUACUGGGUUUGAGCAUUUGCAUUAUAUGUUUGAGAGGGUCUGGGAUCCAGUGAUAGUUCCAGGAGCCCAAAAGCAAAUUAGCUACUACUUCUUGAAUGCUUUCGAGAAGUGGUUGUCAUUCGAUACAAACCCACUAUACGCUCUUAUGCAUGAGUCCAUAUAUUGUCAGGGUGCUCCAUCACGGUGGUCUGCUAAUAGAGUAAGGGCUGAAAAUGAGGACAAAUUUGAUGCAAUUAAGGCUGCCAAAGAAGGUCACCCCGUGCUGUUCACUGGAGAGAUGAUAUUCCCUUGGAUGUUUGAUGAAUAUCAUGCUUUGAGGCCUUUCAAACAAGCCGCUUGUUUGUUAGCUGAGAAGAAUGAUUGGCCUGCUCUAUAUGACAUUGCCUCUCUCAAAAAUAACAAGUUGUUUUUGGAAGGAUAAAGCCAUGGUUGGAGUUUAAGGUUUUGGCAAAAUCCCACCACCCGGUUCUCAAAUCAUUGGAAAUCGGAGCAAAGUUCAUGGUUAUAAGCAGCAACCCCUAAUAUGAACCGUACCAUGUAUAUGCUUUUGUUCAAUUUUUCCUUAGAUUUUGUUGUUUUAAAAUUUUGGCAGG